AUGCCUCGUCCGGGGAGAAACACGUACAGCGACCAGAAACCUCCCUAUUCCUACAUCUCCCUGACCGCCAUGGCGAUCCAGUCGUGCCCGGAGAAGAUGCUCCCGCUCAGCGAGAUCUACAAGUUCAUCAUGGACAGAUUCCCCUACUACAGAGAGAACACCCAGCGGUGGCAGAACUCCUUACGGCACAACCUCUCUUUCAACGACUGUUUUAUUAAAAUCCCCAGGCGGCCGGACCAGCCGGGUAAAGGGAGUUUCUGGGCUCUCCAUCCCAGCUGCGGGGACAUGUUCGAAAACGGAAGUUUCUUGCGUCGUCGUAAACGCUUCAAGUUGAUGAUGAUGGCGUCCGAGCACCUGGCGCAGAGCAAGCCGUCGGACGCCGCCCACUAUCUCCAACAGCAAGCCAAACUCCGACUGAGCGCCCUGGCUGCUUCUGGCACACAUCUCCCGCAAAUGUCCGGCUACAACAUAGGAGUCUCUCACCAACCGUCAACUUUCAAACACCCGUUCGCAAUCGAGAACAUAAUCGCCAGAGAGUAUAAAAUGCCAGGCGGGCUGGCCUUCUCCACCAUGCAGUCUAUGUCUGCUGGUUACCCGCUGCACAACCAGCUCACCACGGCCUGGCCUCAUAUGUACAGCUCCAGCGUCAUGGACACGGUAUCUCCCAUCUCCAUGGCCAGUGAUUAUUCGGCCUACGGAAUGCCCCUCAAGUCUAUUUGCUAUGGCGCGCAGAGUCUACCUGCCAUCCCCGUGCCAAUCAAGCCCACCCCUACUUCGAUGCCAGGGCUCUCGGCGCUGCCAACACAUAUUCCAGCUUUCUUAGCGAACUCUCCCCAGUCUCUCAGCCCCACGUCUCCUCAGACAGCUACCAGCCAAAGCAGCCCUGCCACGCCGAGCGAAACGCUCAUGAACCCGGCCUCUUCGGCCAUGCAGUCCGUGGUGUCGGUGCACUGA